UUUUCAGUGGCCGUGAAAUUAUCUUUGGUCUUAGCGGUAGUGGUCGGUGUAGCAUCGGCUCUAGCUGCCGCGUUGUUAGCCGUGCUGUGCAAGUGCUGUUGGGUAUGGUGGCGAUACCGCAGAUUCCAUCGAAGGCGCAGCCCUUCUCAAGAGACUCACAUUAUUAAUCAGAAGGGCAAAUGGCCAGGGGGAAUUACUUAUCAAACGUACGAAAACGGAUCUGUUGCGGACUAUGACAGCAUUUCCAGUGGUGAGGAACCGUACAUUGUUGAAACGCCCGGAGACUUCGGUAAACUUCAGUUCUUGCUUGAAUACAAUAAGGAUGAAGACGUUCUAAUUAUUGGUCUUGUUCAGGCGAAGGGCAUCAUUUGCAAAACGAACAUACAGACAGCCUACGUCCAUCCUGUUAUUCAGCUCUGUAAAGGAGGGAAGACUUUGGGAGAAAGAGAUAUUGAAAAACAAAAAAUGACGUUUGAACCACAGUGGAACGAAGAGGUGUUGUUUUCGCUGGACGGGAACCCAAUUGAUACACUUUCUUUUUCCAUUCGACUGAUCGAACUGGAUUCAUAUUCAAACGCGCAUGUGAUUGGCCAAGUGGAGCUUUCACUGAGCGAGGUUGAUUUUGGUGAACCGCAACCCAGAUGGUACGACAUCGCCGGCGAACAAAAGGUAAAAAAAAAAGACCUAAAUAGUUAAUAUCAGAUCUGCAACGACCAAUGGACAGCAGAGUGAGAUCUGAGUACUAUAUAUAAGAAAAAAAUCAAUAAGUGUCCUGCAAAUCGUAUAAACUGACGUCGAUAGCUUCACUCGCGUGGCCUGAAGAGCAGGCUUAUGUUUGGCAGGCGACAGCCAUCUUUGGUGGCGAUUUCAAAGUGUCGGUAACGUGUGCAGAGCAUAUGCGGAAUCUGAGAAAGUGCCUGCAAUGAAGGGUAACUAACACUUUCGUUGACUCACAACAGCGCGCCUGUGCAAGAACGAUCUUUACUGUGGGGAGAGUUGGUAGGAAGUUAUUGUGGUGUUUGUGUGCUUAGAUGCGGGCCAAGUAAGUAAAAACAAUAGACCCGCUAUCGUAUAGAGAGCUCCAUGAUGACGAUCUAAACUAGAUUGUUUGUAUUCAUUUUUAACCCAGUUACCAAGUCAUGAGUACGUUGGCGAGCUGCUCCUUUCAUUAAACUACUUCCCCACCACCCAGCGACUGACGAUCGUAGUUCUGAAGGCAAGAAACCUAAAGAUUGACACCAAAUCUGGAUUAUGGGGUAAGUUUGCAGUAAUCAGGGAUCUAUUUGACAAUAAAUAUGUGGUGCUGUAUUGCAUAAGACUUCAAGGUAACAACCGGCUGAUUUUAGCAAGUGGAUAUUUUUUUAUCUGGGUCUUUCUGGAUAUGCCUACCAAUCCCAUAAUUUCACCAAUUUAGUUUUUGUGACGUCAACUUUUCUCUUCUCUAUAGCACGACUAUUUUUUCUCUUUUCCAGGCCCAACAGUUAAGGUAUUUCUCAUGUUAAACAAAACAAGACUGGGAAGAAAGCGAACAGCCAUGCAAAAAAAGACCGUUAACCCAGUUUACAAUGAAGCAUUCACAUUCAAGGUUACCUCGGAAACGCUGUCCAAAGUUACAUUCAAGGUUCUUGUAGUGAACAAACAUUCCCAGGGUUCUGAUCAAAUGGUCGGUCAUGUGUUUCUUGGACAGCAAGUAACCGGAAGUGGGUUUGCACACUGGAAUCACAUGUUAGCCUCGUUGCGAAGACCUAUCGCCAUGUGGCAUCCCCUACUUCCUGGCAUAUAA